AUGAAGGGGACCAUUAACGUCAUCAGUUUUAGGCAGAACAUAUCUUUGUCUUUCCUCACACCCCUCACGUAUCAAUGUCACCAUCUGCUCUCCAUUUGCAGAUCAGAAUCCACCAUAGACCCUUGCCCGAAGGCUUCAAACCCAAUCCUCUUUCCUUCGGUCUCUCUACCCCAAUAUUUUCCAGCUGCCACCCUUGUCUUAGUUAAUUACUGUUCCUACCCAGUCAUAUCUACUUUUUCAAGAUUCAUUUUUCUUCCUCUCCCUCCCCCCCUCUCUCUCUCUCUCUCUCUCUCUCUCUCUCUCUCUCUCUCUCUCUCUCUCUCUCUCUCGCAUUUGCACAAGUCAUAUUUAAUCACUGUUCCUACCGAGUCAUAUCUACUUUCGGAACAUUCAGUUAUUCAUCAUUCUCUUUCUCUCCCCUUCCCUCUCUCCUUCUCAUUUGCACAAGUCUUAGUUAAUCACUGCUCCUACCCAAUCAUAUCUACUUUUUCAAGAUUCAUUUUUCUUCCUCUCCCUCCCUCUCUCUCUUUCUCUCUCAUUUGCACAAAUUCAUUUUCUUCCUCUCCCUCCCUCUCUCUUUCUCUCUCAUUUGCACAAGUCUUAAUUAAUCACUGUUCCUACCGAGUCAUAUCUACUUUCCAUUCACCUCAUUCUCUUUCUCUCCCUUCCUCUCUCCUUCUCAUUUGCACAAAUGAAGCUCUUUUCUCUCUCUCUCUCUCUCUCUCUCUCUCUCUCUCUCUCUCUCUAUGUAUGUAUUUAUCUGUCUCUCUAUCUAUUAUAUACUAG